UUGUGUCAGUUUGACAGCAUAAAAGAAGGGAAAUUGUAGAGAUUUUCUUUAUUUUUAAUAAAAAUUUCAAAUGUCCAGUACCUGUAAACUAUUACUAUUAGUGUCAAUAUUCGGAGCUGUUGCUGCAACAUGGAGCAUGAGCGGCUACGCUUGCAACCAGCCCCAACUCUACUCCCAAUGUAAUUGCCCAUCAUUCUGUAGUGGAUACAUGCAGCAACAACCACAGUACUACCAAAGCCCCUGUGGGUACUCAUCAGGAUGUUCUGGAGGCAGUGGCGGUGGCUAUUAUCCUAGACGGCGCCACCAUAAACACAAGAAGCCACGUAGAAAGUUCAGAUUUGACUCCGACGAGGACGAGGAUCUUCCACCACCACCACCAAGAAAGAGUGCAAAAAUUUCGAGGGUUCACAGUGAGGAGCAAGGAUUUAUUGAGGAGAAACCAAGAGUCACUGAAACUACAAAAACUGAUAGUUCCUGGGAGAAUGAGGACCUCUGGGAAAAGAAAUUUGUCACCGAAUCGACGCAUACCAAAGCCGAAGAAAAACUGGAUUCAGAAGAGUUUCCUGAAAUCACAAGUGAAGAAAUUGAGGCAGCAAUGCGAAGAAAGACAACCUUACCUCCACGUGUAGUACAACCUCAGCCAGUUGCUCCAGCUGGUGGUGGCCUUGGAGGACUUGGUCUAGGAAAUGGUGGACUCUUUGGAAUUAGCAGUGGUGUUGGAGUUGGUGUACCAGGAGUCGGACCGAUUGGAGUUUCGAGUGGGCUUGGAAUUGGAAAGUAACAAAGUAACAAUUGCUUCUUACAUCUACGUCUCUUCAGUACAUUUUGAUUGAUCUCAUACUUUUGUAUUUUUGCAUUGUUUUCGCGUUGUUUUCCAUGAAAACAAUAAACUGUUUUUCUCAC